AUGACCGUCACCCCGCAGCAGAUCGAGGACAAGCUCCGCGCAGCCAUCCAGGUCGACCAUCUCGAAAUCAUCGACACCAGCGGCAACUGCGGAGGUGCAUACAACGUCGUCAUUGUGUCGCCCGACUUUCAGAAGAAGAUGACGCUGGCCAGGCAUAAGAUGGUGAACCAGAUCCUGGCUGAGGAGAUCGCCAACGUCCACGCCUUCUCUCAGAAAACAUUGACGCCCGAGCAAUGGGCUAAGGAGCAGGCAAAGUAA